AUGGCUGCUCCUCCUUCAAGAAGCAAAGCUCCGGCUCGCUUAUCCUCCUCUCCCCUCCUUUGGAUCAUUGCCUUAGCCUCCCUCACCGUAUUUUUCCUUUACAAGGUAGACAAUUUGGCUUUACAAACAAAAACGGUAGCGGGUCACAACUUACCACCGACUCCGUGGCAUUUGUUUCCUCCCAAGAACUUCGACGAUCAAUCCCGUCACGCUCGAGCUUACCAAAUCCUACAUUGUUCAUACCUAACAUGCCCUUAUUCCAACACCACCAUUCCGAAAGGUCACUGGUUCGAGUUCUCUCAAUCGAGCCCCAAAUGCCCAGAUUUUUUCAUGUUUAUUCACCAUGAUCUGGAGCCAUGGGCUCAAUCACGGAUAACGACAGAUCACAUAAUGGGGGCCAAACGUUAUGCGUCUUUUCGUGUUGUUAUUUAUGAGGGGAGAUUGUAUCUGGAUCCUUAUUAUGCAUGUGUUCAAAGUCGAAUGAUGUUUACAAUAUGGGGUUUUUUACAAUUGUUAAAAAGGUAUCCUGGGAUGGUACCUGAUGUCGAUAUUAUGUUUGAUUGCAUGGAUAAACCUAGUAUUAAUAAGACUGAACAUGACUCCUUCCCUUUGCCACUCUUUCGGUAUUGCACUACUGAGGAUCACUUUGAUAUUCCAUUUCCUGAUUGGUCUUUCUGGGGCUGGCCAGAGGUAAAUAUACGACCAUGGAAUGAGGAGUUUCGAGACAUUAAACGAGGUUCCCAAGCUCGAAGCUGGUCAAAGAAAUGGCCUCUAGCAUACUGGAAAGGGAACACAGAUGUUGGUUCUCCUAUUCGUACUGAGCUAAAGGAAUGCAAUCACACUAGGAAGUGGGGGGCGCAGAUUAUGCAACAGGAUUGGGAGGAAGAAGCAAAAACCGGUUAUGAGAAAUCGAAACUAUCGAAUCAGUGUGAUUAUCGGUACAAAAUCUAUGCCGAGGGCUUUGCUUGGUCUGUGAGCUUGAAAUAUAUUAUAUCAUGCGGUUCCCUUGCACUAAUAAUUUCCCCGCAGUAUGAAGAUUUCUUCAGUCGUGGCCUCAUUCCUAAGAAAAACUAUUGGCCUGUUUCUCCUGAUGGGUUAUGCCGAUCCUUAAAGUUUGCUGUCGACUGGGGUAACACAAACCCUUCCGAGGCACAGAAAAUAGGAAAAGCAGGACAGGAUUUUAUGGAAAGCUCAAGUAUGGAGCGAGUUUAUGAUUAUAUGUUCCACCUCAUAUCAGAGUACUCCAAGCUGCAGGACUUCAAGCCUGUCCCACCAUCUUCUGCUCUUGAAGUGUGUGUAGAUUCCCUAACUUGCUUUGCAGAUGAGAAACAAAAGCAGUUCCUUGAAAGAGCUACUGCCUUCCCUUCACCAAGUCCCCCAUGCACCCUCCAACCUGCCAAUAGUGAUCUCAUCAAGAGUUGGAUGCAACAGAAACAGAGAACAAUUACAAAUGUGAGAGAAAUGGAGUUACAGGCUUGA